GGAGGUUCAGAUGCAGACGUAAAGGCAAGGGUUGGCAAAGCAAGGGUCGCAUUCCUACAAUUGAAGAACAUAUGGAACUCAAAACAACUUUCAACCAAUAUCAAAGUGAGAAUCUUCAAUACGAACGUCAAGGCAGUUCUACUGUAUGGAGCUGAAACUUGGAGAACUACAACAACCACCAUCAAGAAGGUGCAAGUAUUUAUAAAUAGUUCUUUACGCAGGAUACUCAACAUCCAUUGGCCGGAUACCAUCAGCAACAGCCAUUUGUGGGAGAGAACAAAUCAGCUUCCAGCUGAAGAAGAAAUUAGGAAAAGACGAUGGAAAUGGAUAGGACAUACAUUACGCAAAUCAUCAAACUGCAUCACGAGACAAACCCUAACUUGGAAUCCUGAAGGGAAACGGAAACGAGGAAGGCCUAAGAACUCAUUGCGUCGGAUAAUAGAAGCAGAUAUGAAAACGAUGAAUUACAAGUGGACGGAGCUAGAAAGGAUUGGUUGGGACAGGGUUGGAUGGAGAAUGCUGGUGAGCGGCCUAUGCUCCUUCACGAGGAGUAACAGGCGUAAGUAAGUAAGUAAGUAAGUAUCGUCAUUUCAUUGUGUUUGUGUGGCUUGGAUUGAUAAUUCUUAACCAAAUAUCAAACGGUUUUACGGAUUUUCAAGACGUUAACUCAUUGUAACCUUGGAUCGUUUGGUUAAUGAAUACCAUAAGGCACCUGAGAAUUAUUUGUUUGAUGUUAGUUAUUCCUCUUUUUUAGUGAAACGAAUAUUCAAACUAUUCAAGAUAUUAUUCAAUAUACUUUAAUGUUUGGAGUUUCCUGUUUUAUGUUUUUCUUUGUUUAUUAAUUAGGUUUAUCUUUACUGGUUAGUAAUUAAUAUUAAAGCUGUGGUUAGUGUCUAACAAAUAAUACUAAUGAUGUAAACAAUCGUUAUUCUUAUAUCUUAAAGUUCAGAAAGAAUAAUUACGCAGACCAUAUUACAAAAGCUUUUAAAUUUAAUAUCCCUGAACUCUUGACCAUUUAAUCUGCUUACAGCUAAGACGAGGAGAUUUAAAUCUUUGUUUUUAUCACAUAAAUGAACAAUGUCAGGUUACAUGCAGUCUAACAUCACAAGGGGUCAUCUUUUGCAUAAUACUAACGUAUGUUUCAAUCAGUUUCAGUGCUACUUUCAGAAUGUCGUGUGGUCAAUUUUAUAGCGUCCUUAUAACAAGUUGAUAACUUGGCUUUGACGUUUGUACGCACCAUUGCAGAAAUAUUAGAUGUUUGCUCUGUCUAGUUCUCACAGCUCCUGUAGUAGAAUGUGCUGUUAUUUUAAAUCCUAUAAUCCCACAAUGACCGUUUGAAAAUUUAGGUGAAUAAACUACAUUCUAUGCAUGACAUAUCAAUUCCAUCACUUGCAUCAAUUUUUGGGUUAUAAACACUAUAUUACUUUAUUUGGAAACAAGUUUCUAGGGUUAGAUGUUUUAAGAUAUAAACUUUACUCAAGACUUCACCUUGAACUUUUUUUGUCACAAGUUUUCAGAUAAUCAUAAAUCAAGAUAAAUCAAAAGUUAAUUUGUAGAUAGCUGUAAUAUAUACAUAUAAUAGAAAGUCAUUUGUUUGUUAGUGUUACUAGUAUAGUAAAAUAGCACUACAAAAACUUCAAAGCUAGGAUAUUCAAGAAGUGUUUGACAAAAAAAGUAAGUAUAAUAGUAAAUACAUAAAAGGGAAUUUAUAUUUUGUGUUAAGUAGAAAAUAUUUUAAACUGGCUCUUCAUUCGUACCGUACUAUGUAAUCUUCUUUUAGGUUUUUAUUUCUAAAUGUGUGUUCUUUGUUAUAAAGAUAAGAAUAAUUUCCAUCUUCGUUAAAAAUAAACUUCUGUCUUAUUCCAAAGUGAAUAAAUGAAUAUGAUUCUAGGGUAAUGGUAUUUUUCGAAAAAAUCACUUAUUACUAACUGUGAAUUUUAUUUAUAAUAUUCAGAAGAUAAAUGUUGUUUUGGAAUGCGUCAGUCAUUCAGCUCCCCAAUUAAAUGGAUUACUUAUGAAGAGGUUUAUGAGAAAAUUCAACAGUUUGGAUCAGCAUUAACGACACUGAUGAAAGAAAUCUCCAUGAAUAAUUUUAUUGGAAUUUAUGGAAAAAAUUCUCCGAAGUGGGUGAUAGCACAGUUAGCUGGUGCUGCAUACUCGUUUGUUACUGUACCGUUAUACAGUACUUUUGGUGAUGAAGCUAUAGUUCAUGUCAUUAAUGAAACUGGACUAAAAAUUAUUGUCUGUGACACAAUAUCUCAAGCUUGCCAUCUGAACAAAAUCAAUUCACAUAAACUUAAAGUAUUUAUUAUUAUGAAGCCAGACAACACAUUCGAAUCUUUUAAAAAAGAAUGUUCAGAUAAAGUUCGAUUGUUCACAUUUGAAGAGAUGUUGGAAAAAGGAUGUACUAAUUGGUUACCUGAAAAGGUCCCGGAUGGCGACGAUCUAUGCAUGAUACUAUAUACCAGUGGAUCUUUAGGUUUACCCAAAGGAGUUAUGAUAACAAACAAAGCUUAUUUAAAUGCCGCAAAGCUAACUAUUAGCUUGGCAGAAGAAAAUCAUUUUUCAACUGAAGAUUUGUCACAUGUUUCAUUCCUGCCUUUAUCACACACGAUGGAACAGCUAACGAUGAUGUUGGCCAUGUUUUCUGGUGGUCGAAUCGGUUUUCUCACUGAUGGUAUUGAGUCAUUAUUUGAUGAUUUUAGAGAUUUUAAGCCAACGUUUUUUUGUUCUGUUCCAAGAUUGCUUGUUCGAUUAUAUAUGAAUUUUUCCAAAAAAGUGCAUUCUAAACCAAUAAUUCGGAAAGUAUGUCAAUACGAAAUAAACAAGAGAAUGGAAGAACAGAAACGUGGAAUAUAUCGAAGGAAUGGGAUAAUAGAUUUCCUAUUUUUUCGAGAAUUUCGUGAACUACUGGGUGGUCGAGUAAGAGCUAUUAUUUCAGGUAGCUCUCCAAUAGAUAGAGAUGUUCUCUGCUUCAUUAGAGCUGUUUUGAGCUGUCCUGUUAGUGAAGUAUACGGAUCGACAGAAACACUUGGUUUAGUAUGCAGUACAAUGUUUGAAGAUGUCGAUGCUUAUCAUGUUGGAGCUAUUUCCCCUGGUGUGCAAAUCAAACUAAUAGAUGUUCCGGAAAUGGGUAUAUUCGUAUCCAAAGAUCAAAUGGGAGAGAUAUGCAUUCGUAGUAAAUCUAAUAUGCUUGGUUAUUAUAAAAAUCAGGAAAAAACGGAAGAAGUCCUUGAUUCAGAGGGCUUUGUUCACACGGGAGACGUUGGAGUUUGGUUAAAAAAUGGAGCAUUAAAAAUUGUGGAUCGAACGAAAAAUCUAUUUAAAUUAUCACAAGGAGAAUAUGUAGCGCCAGAGAAAGUAGAGCAAACCUACUUAUUCUGUAAUCUAAUACAAUAUGUGUACGUUGAAGGUCAUUCGCUUAAACCUUAUGCAGUAGCAGUGGUUAAACCAAACUUUAGAAGAUUACGCAAGGAAGCAGUAGACAUUAUUAGCAAAUUAGCAAAGACAAUUUCAUCACCUAUUGAAAAAAAGUGUGAGAACAUGAAGGAUGGAGAAUUACUGGAGGAAAUAACCGAUGCUGAAUUAUGCACCAGUAAAGAAAUACGUGAAUUUAUUUUGGAGAGAAUGAACUCAAUCGCUAGAGAAAAAGGUUUAAAAGGAUUUGAACUGGCCCGUAAUAUCUACUUAACACCAGAACCGUUCACAGUAGACAAUGGAUGGUUAACUCCAACGAUGAAACUUGCAAGGAUAAAUCUACGAAAACAUUUUGCAAAUACUAUUAAAAAUCUGUACGAAGAAGAGAAGAGCUGUUAACUACUGAUUGUCAAUAUUUUAACACAAGGCUAUUUUAUAUUGUGUGGUUUCAUUCACUUAUUUUAACACUGCUCAUUUUCACCUUUUUCAAUGACAGAGAACUAUUUACUUUAAUUUUGCUCCUUAUUAUUUUCUCGAAAAACUGCAUAUAUAUUUGCCAUUAUUUACUGUAGAAACAAGUAUCCAUAACAACGGUGUAACAAUUGCUCUUUCGAAUUGUU